UUGUGGGAGGAUCAGCUACUAUAUGGUAGAGCCUGAGGGAGAACCCAGGCAGCCUGGGUGGCAGGCACUAGGUGCUUUAUAAUACUCCUGUUAUCACCUUUGAUUCUGGCAGAACAACUGUGAGACAGGGAUUGUGCUGAGAUGCAAACGUUCAAAUACAAUGAUAGUGGCAGCUUACCUCGAGGAAGAAAUAGAAAUUGGAGUUCUUUCCGAGGUAAUUUUGGCAAAAGGAACCCUCGUGAUCACGGUGGAUAUGAACCUUGGCCUUCACACCACCAGGAGCAUGAUGGAAACAUGGUGAUGAGGGAUGUCCAGGAGGACCCCCAAGUAAGACGCACGCCCUACACUACUCGACACAAAAACAGAAGAGUGAAAUGGCAUAAUGAAGACCAUAUCCAGAGGGCUGCGUGGAGAAACAGAAAACCUUUGGAGAGAGAAGUGGGGGAUAACACAAAAGAUGGAACCCCAGGGAGCUGGUUCAAGAUCACAAUUCCAUAUGGGAGAAAGUAUGACAAGACAUGGCUAAUGAAUUCAAUCCAGAGCCAUUGCAGUGUCCCCUUCACUCCAGUGGAUUUCCACUACGUGAAAGACUGGGCUCGGUUCUUUGUGCAGGAUGCUGGCCCUGCCUCUGCCUUGAGGGAUGUGAGCUACAAGAUUUGUGGCAAGGAGAACCAAAAGAUAUCUAUCAUUGUUGAUCCUUCUGCUGAACCCUACUCUGUGCAGAAUAAGUUGGAACCAGAAGAAAUGGAGCAGCUAAAGCUGGCCAUGAGCAAACGAUAUGAUGUCUCCCAGCAAGCUCUUGACCUUCAAACGCUCCGCUUUGACCCAGACUUGGUGGACCAUGAUAUUGAUAUAAUCCUGAAUCGAAGAAGCUGCAUGGCUGCCACCCUGCAGAUCAUCGAAACGAAUUUCCCCAAGCUGUUGUCCUUGAACUUGUGCAACAACAAACUGUACCAGCUGGAUGGCCUGUCUGACAUUAUACAGAAGGCCCCGACAAUCAAGAUCCUGAACCUCUCCAAAAAUGAGCUGAAUUCCGCGUGGGAGGUGGGCAAGAUGAAAGGGCUGAAACUUGAAGAGCUGUGGCUGGAAGGCAACCCCUUGUGUGACACCUUUCGAGACCAGUCCACCUACAUAAGUGCCAUCAAGGAAUAUUUCCCCAAGCUGUUACGCCUGGUAAGUGCCUACAUUUGUGAUUGUCUCUCACUCACAUUGAUGGCCUCCACAUCUGCCCCCAAGCCCUUUGGGGCUCGCCUAGGUUAUAUGUUUGCAUGAGACCUUUAUCCAUUUUAAGGGACAGGGACUCCUGAGAAAGACAUGGAUAUAUUUGGUGGGAAAACGCCCAUGCUAACGCCCACACACACAAAAGUUGCGUU